AUGCUCGAAGGCUGUAGAGGGCGAUGUAGUUUUCGGCAGUACAUUCCGAAUAAGCCUAAUAAAUACGGAAUAAAAAUUCAGGCCUUAGUUGAUUCCCGUACUUUCUAUACAGCAAACAUGGAAAUUUAUGUUGGGACACAGCCAGAUGGACAGUAUAAGUGCGAUAACAGUCCUAUGAGCAUUGUAAAAAGAAUUGUUGCCCCUAUUUCAAAAACGGGACGUAAUGUAACCAUGGAUAAUUGGUAUAGUUCGAUACCAUUAUCAUUAGAUUUGUUGAAAAAUCACAACCUAACUAUAGUUGGAACAAUACGGAAAAAUAAACGUGAAAUUCCUCCAUGUUUUUUGGACACAAAAAAAAGAACAUUGAACUCAUCUGUUUAUGGAUAUGGAGAAGAUAUUUUGCUUACAUCAUAUGUGCUAAAAAAAAUAAAUAAAAAUGUGUUACUUAUUUCAACUAUGCGUGAGCAAGGAGACAUUGACCCUGAAUCCGUUGAAAAAAAACCUGAAGUUAUAAUGUUCUACAACCAAACAAAGGGUGGAGUGGAUGUUGUGGAUGAAUUGAAGGGCGAGUAUUCAGUUUCUAGAAUUAGUUGCAGAUGGUCACAACCAUAUUUUUCUUCUUGA